AAUGUGGUAGCCAUUAUAGCAUUGAGUGAAAUAGCACAGUCUCUAUUUUUACAUUUAUUUAGCAAUAAUUUCAAUAAAAUCAAAUAAAUAUUCAUCAAAAUUUACUUAAUAUUAAUUCAAAUAAGUGCGGGAAUAACAAAAAAAAUUUUGUACAGUGUACAACUUUUGUAUAGUGUCAGAAUAAUAAAAUGGACAGUCAAGUAAUUGGUGAUGGUAGGCUUUUAGACAUUAUUGAUGAAGCUUGGCGAAAAGAAAAGCUGCCAGUUGAUGACAUUGUGGUUCCGUCAUCAGAAUUGCCCGAUCCUGAGAGCGAUAAUGGUGAUUCGCACAUGACGUUGAAGGAAUUAGAACAAAAGUGGAAUAACUUAGCUCUCGGAACUUUUAGUGAAAAUCAUCUCCAUUCGCCUACACCAUCGCACAAUUGAAGAUUUAUUUAUUCAUUUUAAAUAAUUAAAAUAAGUU